ACUGCCCCUCCUCCGGUCCCCUGCCCAAGAGGGGGCGGGUCUCAGCGGCCGCUCUGCUCCCUCCCGGACCAGCCAGUCGCGGGGUGGAGCAGCCUGUCGGGAGACGGACACAGGGCUGCGGUGCGCUGCGCUGCACGUACCCGGACUCGGACCCGGGACCCGGCUGCGGCUCUGAAGACACACUUGUAAACGGAGCCAUGGAACUACCAAAUAAAGCUGCUGAAUUUCCAAAUUCCGCUUACCCUCCAGGUUAUGCAGGAAAUCAAGUUCCUUAUGGAUAUCCUCAGUACGCACCUCAAACUUUCCAAAAUGCUCCAGGACAAGCUAAUAAUGCCUUCCAGGGUUACCCAGCAGGAGCUCCAUAUGGACCUGGGGGCCUUCCAGUCCAAAAUCAGCCUUCUGGGCCCAGUGGGGCAGCUUGGAUGCCAGCACCUCCUCCCCCUCUCAGCUGUCCACCUGGAUUAGAAUACCUAAGUCAGAUUGACCAGAUAUUAGUUCAUCAGCAAAUUGAGCUUCUGGAAGUUCUUACCGGUUUUGAAACUAACAAUAAAUAUGAAAUCAAAAACAGUUUGGGCCAAAGAGUAUAUUUUGCAGCGGAGGAAAAUGAUUGUUGUACUCGAAAUUGUUGUGGACCAUCACGACCUUUCACCAUGAAGAUCGUUGACAAUAUGGGUCAAGAAGUGAUAACAUUGCAGAGACCUCUCAGAUGCUCUUCAUGCUGUUGUCCUUGCUGCUUGCAAGAGCUUGAAGUUCAGGCCCCUCCAGGUACACCAGUUGGCUACAUAAAACAAAACUGGCACCCCUGUCUGCCUAAAUUUACUGUUCAAAAUGAAGCAAAAAUGGAUGUAUUUAAAAUCAUUGGCCCAUGCGUUGUAUGCAGCUGUUGUGCGGAUAUUAAUUUUGAGGUGAAGACGAUGGAUGAAAGUUCUGUAGUCGGAAGAAUUUCUAAGCAGUGGUCUGGAUUUGUAAGAGAGGCAUUUACAGAUGCUGAUAAUUUUGGAAUCCAGUUUCCACUGGAUCUUGAUGUUAAAAUGAAAGCUGUUAUGGUUGGUGCUUGCUUCCUCAUCGACGUGAUGUGUUUUGAACAUUCUUGAGACUGGUGGUAAUAAUAGAGCUAUCCUCUCCAGUCACCGGAUGCUGGAAGCUAUCUACCCCAAGAUGAUGAUAAAAUAACAAAAUCUUCUAUUUUGAUAUAGUAACAUGAUGGCACAAAGGAUGUGAUGUUGAAUUUUAUAAUAGGUUACAUUUUCAAAGCAAUGCACAGAGAUCUAGUGGUACAACUAUCAGCGAAAGUUACCCAGUUACACUCACUCUCUAUGAACUACCAUGAAAACGUAGGGUCUCAUUUUAUGGGCAAGUGUCUCUCACUGAGUAUCUUGCAUAGCUUGAACUUUAAAUGAUGAGAAGUAUAUCUUCUAAAGUUAGUUACUUUUUUGGUAAGAGGCAAAUUUUACGUGUGAUACUAUAAUACUGUAGUUUUAUCUGUACAUAAUAUUGUGGGAGAUUAAUUUACAACAGAGUCAAAAUAUCUGGUUUUAGGGGAUGUUAUAUUUUGUAGGUAUUAUAUGAAUUGGCAGCAGGAAAUUAAAAGGACAUUAGAGGUUCAAUCUUGUUUGCAUUGAAAUUUAUGGCAAAAAUUCCAGUUGCUUCAGUGGGAGUAAGCACAACCCCUAUGACAGCCUGAACAAGGAAAUGUAUAUACAGAUAGACUUAUGGGGGGGGGGGAUUCAUGUGGCUAAAUACAUCAGUGUUGUUUCAUAGACGCUAACAUCCAACUGCUUCAGUUCCUUUCAUAGCCCAAGAAAGUAGUCAAGGGCUAGGAUUUUCAGAGGAAUUGAGGGUUGGUAUCUAACUCCCUUAGGCUUCUUUGAAAAUCCCAUCCAUUAUCUAAUUAAAUCCUUCUAAAUUUGUUCUGCUACUAUAUUCUUAGUUCUAUUCAGCUGAAUUCUGUCUGUUUAUGCCUGCUAGAACAUUGGCUAAAUAACAGUUUGCUAAGGACCAGACUGUGUUACCUUUACUUGUGUUGACUAACACCUUACCUCACAACUAGCCCUCCUGGACUACUUGUGGAGUGAAGUGCUACUCCAUAUAAAUAAGGGUAUUACGAUCAGACCCUAAAUAACAGCAAACUAAGGACCCUAUUCUGCAGCCCUCCUACUUCUGAGAAACACUUGCUCAUGAUGGUUACGUUAUUAGAAUAUUCCUAAUUCUAUAUGGGGGAUUCAGCUGGCAGCAGAAUAUCCUCUCACAUACAACAUAGGCAAUGGCUUUUCCAUAUAAGGAGAAUAAAGGGCCCAAAUAUCCAAGUUCCUAGCUAGACCGCUGUAUCUAUAUUAGGCUAAUAUCAAGAACAUUUAUUGAACCCAUACAUAUACAAACAGGAAUACAUUUAUUCAUACCAUUCUAACAUAAAUGAUUGAUACAUUUAUUACUACCCAACAUUCUUGGAAGAUAUCAGAGGUAAAAGUUAUCUCUGAUAUAAUGCCCUUGACUUCAACUGAAUUAUAGUAGCCAUGGCUUUAAAGCCUAUGUGUAACCACAAACAGCAUCAUCAAAGCUGUUCUAAGAGACUACUAAAUUACCUAAGAAAUGAGUCUCUACUUAUUUCCUGUGUAUUGCAAAUAGACAAAGAACAGUUCUUUAUGUAACCCCCAAAGAGAUUACAUAGAUUCCUGGAGCUCUGUCUGCUGGCAGCUCAGGGAGGAGGAGCCAAGGCAAACUCAGAGUCUGCCCAGCAACCAAUAGGGAGUGGAGAUGCCCCUCCCAGGGAGUUGAGGAGAGGGAGAAGCCAGUUUGAGGGAGGCUGUGGUGAGCCAGGAAAAAGGCCAAACUGGCUGUGUGGGGAGCUGGUGAGUCCCAGGCCUGCAAGCAGGGUUCCCCCUGAGAACUGGCCUCUAGGGACCUGACACCAGAUCCCCCCACGGAUGAUUCCCAAUUGUUACGC